AUGGCGGCCAAAUUACUUCUAGCAAUAACCCUCCUGGGAACCCUCAUUACAUUCGUCCAUUGCAUCACAGCCUCGACCUCGUUGCCGCCGCUCAACAGCAGCAGUGGCAGCUUCAGCCUCCGGCUCGCCGCCAACCACCAAACGACGCAUGACUUGGCGAGCCUCCAGCGCGCCAAGGACCAUGUAAAGUGUCGGAUCACCAACCAUCUCCUUCCGCCGGGCACCGCCACCAACAUCACCGUCAACGCCAUAAGUCCGCCCAUGUGCCCACUGGCAGACAUGGUGUACGCCGUCAUGGUAGUCGUGGGCACGGAGAAUGGGUCCCAUGAGUACCAGCUCGCGCUGGACAUGGCCACCGGGCUGACCUGGAUGCAGUGCGUGCCGUGCAACCCUUGCAAGCCACAGUUCAACCCAGUGUUUGACCCAUCUAAGUCACCGACCUUCCACCAUGUCCCGGCCAACGAUGGAGUCUUAUGCCGUGCGCCUAACGAACCGCAGGAAAGCGGUCAUUGCGUAUUCCACAUCGGUUACCGGAGCAGCCGCUCAUCGGCUACGGGAUACCUCGCCAAAGACGUCUUCUCCUUCCUCAAGGGCAGCAAUGAAGGUGGUCUUGAGCAGCUGCAUGGCAUGGCCUUCGGCUGUGCCCACCGCGUGGAAUUUAACACCCAGAGCGCCCUCGCAGGUGUCCUCGGUCUGGGGAUGUGGAGGUCCACCAUGAAUCCGCGUACCGCCUUCACGGACCAGGUCGAUCAUGGCCGAGGCGUUCACUUCUCCUACUGCCCGUUCACGCCGGGGAUGAGCGCGUACAACUUCCUCCGGUUCGGCGCCGACAUCCCUAGACAACCACCGCCGAGCGUGCGCCGCCAGAGCACACACAUCCUUAUGCCGACUCAGAAGAGCGGUUAUUCGUACUAUCCCUGGCUCGUCGGGGUAAGCGUGGGCGGAAGCCGGGUGUCGGGGGUCACGCCAGAAAUGUUCCGGCGUCUCCAUACUGGGGUAAGCGGGUGCAUCAUCGACAUCGGCACGAAGAUGACGGGGUUCAUCGAUGCGGCGUACGUCCACAUCGAGAAGGCAGUGCGGCUCUACCUACAGCACCACGGGGCGCACUUCGUCCAUCUACAGGGCCACCACUUGUGCGUCCACCAGCCGGCGCCGCACCACGACGUCCUCCCGAGCAUGACGCUGCACUUCGACGGCGACGCGUGGCUUCGGGUCAUGCCGGAGCAUGUGUUCAUGAAGAUCGUCGACGAGGCCGGCCACCAAUACCAGUGCCUUGGCUUGGUCUCCACCAGGCACGUGACGGUCAUCGGCGCCAUGCAACAGAUCAACCAUCGUUUAUCUUUGACCUCCAGAGGUACCCGACUCUUAGUUUCAAUCCGGAGGCCUGCCACCUAG